AUGGCUGCGACCUGGAUCCUGGAGCCCGCGGGCCGCUGCAGCUGGGACGAGCCCGUGCGCAUCGCCGUGCGCGGCCUAGCCCCGCGACAGCCCGUCACGCUGCGCGCGUCCCUGCGCGACGAGAAGGGCGCGCUCUUUCGGGCCCACGCGCGGUACGAAGCCGACGCCGGCGGCCUCCUGGACCUGGAGCGCGCGCCCGCGCUGGGCGGCAGCUUCGUGGGGCUCGAGCCCAUGGGGCUGUUCUGGGCCCUGGAGCCCGAGAAGCCCCUGGUGCGGCUCGUGAAACAGGACGUGCAGACGCCCUUCGCCGUGGAGCUGGAGGUGCUCGACGGCCACGAGCCCGACGCGAGUCGUGUGCUGGGCCGGACGGUGCACGAGCGCGACUUCCUGCGGCCGGGCGUGCGGCGGGAGCCGGUGCGCGCGGGCCGGGUGCGCGCCACGCUCUUCCUGCCUCCAGGUGCAGGACCCUUCCCUGGGAUCAUCGAUCUGUUUGGAAGUGGUGGUGGCCUUUGUGAAUAUAGGGCCAGCCUCCUGGCUGGACAUGGUUUCGCUGUGCUUGCUUUGGCUUACUUCAGAUUUGAAGACCUCCCUGAGCAUUUGGAUGUUAUGCACCUGGAGUACUUUGAAGAAGCUGUGAACUUCAUGCUGCAGCAUCCACAGGUGGGUUCUGCUGUUUGCCUGGAUGCAGAGGAGAGGGAGUAGA